AUGGUAAUACAAAUGGGAAAAUCACUUAUAAAGGCUGCUGAGAAAGUAGGACUUAAGACUAACGAAGAAAAAACGGAGUACAUGAUGGAAUUCUAUAAAGAGAACAAUAAUACAAAUAAUGACAACCAUGAAAAUGAUGGCAAUAAUAACAUCAGUGCCAUCAGUAUUUCUAAAGAAGAAACACUCAAUACUGGGUACAAAGAGAUACUUCAAAAGUUCCUCGAACUAUUUUCUUUGGACCCUGUUAUUAACGAACAUCUAAAGGAAUACAUUAAAUUUUGCUUAAAUAAUAAUUUAAAAGAUGAAUGCAGAAGCGGAUUAAUAACAAUCAUGGCGCGUCGGCAAGACGUUCAACUAUACAUAACCGCUGCGAAUUUUGAACUUAACACAUGUGAGUCUAUUGAAAGGGCUCGACAUUACUACGAACUAGGCAUUAGGGAACAUAGCCAGAGUGUUGAAUUGACCUAUAGCGACUACAGUCUGGAAAUAUAUGCGAUAAAUAAGGAAGGGGAAAUAGAUUAUGAAAGGUGUUUUGAGAAGUACAAGGCGGCAAUUAAACGAUUCGUUGGUAAUAUAAAUGUCCACAUGGAAAUUUUGAAGCUAACGCUCCCACUAAAAAGUGACGAUUUAAAUUCCCGGAUUGUCAAUGAUAUGGUAAACUUCUACGGAUAUGGUAAAUCACUUUGGGAAAAAUUGUACGAACUGCGAUCUCAAGGUUACACUUACAAUCACGAUACUCGACGUUUGUCGUUUUCUGCUGACUUCUUGGCAAUACCGAAUAGUGGUGAAGUUUAUAAAUACGCCAUGAAAAUGUUUAAUGUCGAAAAAAAUUGUGACGAUGUAAUGGAAGUAUUUCGGGAAGGACUUAGAACGUUAAAAGAACACUCUCUGCCCUUGUGGGUUCUUAUGCUUAGUUAUUUGAAAAACACUUGCCCAGAUUUGGUUGAACAGUUGUUCAUUCAAGGUAUACGUGUUAAGUAUGAAAUGAUAGCCACAAAGCUGAGACCAGCGUAUCUAAUAUGGCGGGCAAAUUAUAAGGGCCUGAAUAAAGCAAGGGUUCUAUAUGAUAAACGUCUUAUAAGGCAGAAGCCGUACAUUAAACAAAUACAUAAGACCAUGCUACGCUUAGAAUUAGAAAAUGAAGUUAAAAAUGUCAAAAGAAUACGGAAAGUGCAAGGCGUUUUGUGUAGAUACUUCGCAAAAGACGAUAUAAAGAUUUGGUCGGGAGCUAUGCGUUUUGAGUAUAUGUAUGGCGUACCAUGCAAGGUGGAGGAACUUAAUCAUGCGGCAAUGUAUUUGUUAGAACCUGAGUACAAAAGUGCAAUGACACAAGAAUAUGAAAAACUCAAAAUGGAAUUUAAGGACUCAGAACAGAUAAUUAUAGAUGACGACGACGAACAAGAGGAAAUGGAACUUGAAACUAGUGAUGACGAGACAUUGUGGCAUAGCGAUUAA